GUUUGUGUGAAGCAAGAGGUGCAAAUAUAAAACCGAGAAUAAGAGAUGUUGGAAUAUAAACUGAUACAUGAACAUAACCAAAAGAGUGAACUCGGCACCAGAAGGUCGUUUAUACCUUUUAACCCUGAAGACAGCCGAAGCGAGGAUUCGGUAAAGGAAAUAGGAUUUCCCAGUGUUUAGGGGUUUAUCCUAAGUAUUACCAGCACAGACUGUAUCAUCUCCUUCAGUCAUGGCCCCUUCACUGGCCACAGCCUUCUCCAGGCGAUGGUGGAUGGCGAUUACCGCGGUGAUCGAAAACCUGUUGUUCUCUGCUGUCCUGCUUGGAUGGGGCUCACUGCUCAUUAUGCUAAAAUCAGAGGGCUUUUACUCCUAUCUCUGCAGAGAACCAGGUAACAGUACAGGGCAGAACGUAUCUGAGAUUGAAAAUGAUACAACAGAAGUCCCAAAAGGGGAGGAGGAGGAUAAUCUUCAGAUGAAUGGCUGGGUUAUCUGCAAAGAGCAAGAUGAGAUGCUGAACCUGGCCUUCACCAUUGGCUCCUUCCUCCUCAGUGCCAUCACUCUGCCCCUCGGCAUCAUCAUGGACAAAUACGGCCCGCGGAAAUUAAGGCUGCUUGGCAGUGCCUCGUUUGCCUUCUCCUGCAUCCUGAUUGCAUAUGGAGCAAAUGACCCUAGAAAUCUUUCCAUCCUGAUCUUCUUUGCCUUAGCCCUGAACGGAUUUGGAGGAAUGUGCAUGACCUUCACCUCGCUCACACUUCCCAACAUGUUUGGUGAUCUCCGCUCCACUUUCAUUGCACUCAUGAUUGGCUCGUAUGCCUCAUCCGCUGUCACCUUCCCAGGGAUAAAGGUGAUCUACGACCUCGGUAUUGCCUUCAUCACCAUUCUUCUGGUGUGGGCUGGCUGUGCCGGCCUGGUCUUCAUCAACUGCUUCUUCAACUGGCCACUCGAGCCCUUCCCAGGACCUGAGGACAUGGAUUUCACUGUGAAGAUCAAGUUCAGCUGGCUGGGCUUUGACCAUAAGAUCACAGGGAAACAGUUCUACAGGCAGGUGACCACGGUUGGCCGGAGGUUGAGUGUUGGCAACUCAAUGAAGAGCAAUCCACAGCAGCUCGCCGCUCAAGACGGCAAUAACCUCUGCCUAUCAACCCUCGAUCUGGAGGUCCAGUCUGAGCAGGAAUCCCAGUCCUUCAUGCGGAGCAUCUUUAGCCCCAUAUUCAUGCUCAGCCUCAUCACAAUGUGUGUGACUCAGCUCCGUCUCAUCUUCUACAUGGGGGCCAUGAACAAUAUUCUGGAGUCCCUUGCUGGUGGAGACCUAAGCAAAGUGGAGAGGAUGGAAAUGGUGAGCAUGUACACAUCUAUAUUCGGGGUGCUACAGUUGCUGUGUCUCUUGACGGCCCCUGUGAUUGGUUACGUCAUGGACUGGAAGCUCAAAGAGUGUGAGGACGAAAAUGAGAAACAAGUCGCAAAGGAUCCUAGCCAGCCAAAGAAACCUGACAGACAGAUCCAGAAGAUCACCAAUGCCACCCGUGCAUUCAUCUUCACUAAUUUGCUGAUGGUUGGCUUUGGCAUAACCUGCCUGGUGCCCAAUCUUCAUCUACAGAUUUUGUCCUUUGUGUUGCACACCAUUGUUAGAGGCUUCAUCCACUCUGCCGUUGGGGGCUUGUAUGCAGCUGUGUACCCAUCUUCUCAGUUUGGAAGUCUGACGGGAAUGCAGUCCCUCAUUAGUGCACUUUUUGCAUUGUUGCAACAGCCUCUCUUCAUGGCCAUGAUGGGUCCACUGGAUGGGGAUCCACUCUGGGUUAAUGUGGGGUUGCUGGUCCUGAGCAUGCUGGGAUUCUGCCUGCCCAGUUAUCUUCUGUGCUAUGGCAGGCGGCUGCUCAGAGAGAAGCAGGAGCGCGAGGAAGACCCCAAGAUCUACGUCCAGAUCAACAACGGCACAACCCCUGAGGCCUUUAUCUAACUGCAAUGCACAAAUGACAGAGGCGAGCAUAAAGAGCAGGAAGAAGGAGAGUGGGAAAUAAAAGAAGACAACUGAAAGUCACAAGAAGAGUGAUUAACACCUCCCUGAGCCCUCCUUCUGUCUGUCACACACAUUAAUGUAUUCCCAACAAGCACACAACACUCAAAAAGGCACAAAAUACAGCCAAAGCAACCGAGAGUCUCACAAUGUGCCACAAAACACACGUUUACACACAAAGGACUGAAUGGACACUGUGAAACACAGGUCUAGAAAACAAAUGAUGCCCUUGUCCUUGAAACAGACAAGGACUUCUAGACUUCAUAUCCGGCCUGACAUGAAAGAAGAGAAAGGCCUUCUUUUCUCAUGAUUCUACCUUUUGAAUUUCAGACCAUGAUGAUACAAAAGACGAAGCAGAUUCGGUGUAAUUCUGUCAGGUUUAAGGAAGCCUGAUGACGCUUCCUGAACAGAGUAUUACUACGUCACUAGUGUUCAGCUUUGUUGCCAAGCUUGUUUUCUGCAACUAAAAAUCCAUUUGUGAACUGAUUUGAAACCACUAUGAACACUUUACUUUGCUCUCAGCUCAUAAAGCUGCUGAAAAUCGAGACGAGGACCCUCCAUCGCGGUUUGAAUAUGACAAACUGACUAACCACCUUAAAGCAGAACGACUCUGCUUGUUAUCUGUCCCAUAUGGGUUUUCAAUGGAAGUGGGCAGAUUUUAGAUUUGAAUCUCAUACAGUAUAUACAGUACCAGCAUGCUUUAGACAGCACGAGCAUGAAACUACAGCUUUGUCUGAACUGGGCUGAUUUUAAAGGACUUUUGGACCAUGCAAUCUGAGACUAAUUAAACCUAAAACACAAUUUUAGUAUGAGAAUUGUACUAUUAUUUGCUAUGGCAUGCAGAUUCAGUACACUUACGUGCAAUUUUGUUCAUAUCAGUCCAUUCAGAAGUUGUAGAAGACACGUGAGUCUAAAAGGUUUGGGUUAAGGUGGUAUUUUGGGGAUUAGCUUCACAUUUCGAUCAAGACUGACUAUCUUCACCAGCAAUACUCGUACCGUUUCCUAUACCACUUCUCAUGCAGUUCUACUGGUUGAGCUUCACUUGUGUUUAUGUCCUUGUAUUGACUCAAACGACUAUUCAGGGUGUUUCACUUUUAGAGUAAUAAUUCAUUUCAGAUGUCACCUGCAAUAUGAUCCCUUCAAGCUCUGCUUUGCCACUUGUGCGUUGAGGGGUAUACAAUCAGACACAGUGUACUCUCUGUAAAGAGAUUAGAUGCCAUUAUCAUAUAAAUAUAUACACAUAUAUAUAUAUAUAUUGCACUACAGGGUUUAUAAUUACAGAGGUGCUUACAUUAGCCAUUACGGAGUAUAUGCGUUCUGUUCCAACCUCAUACAUACAUGGAAACCAUGUUAGCCAUACAGGUCGCAAGAUUUUUGUGCGUUCUCAUGAUUUCUUGGUUGGCUACCAUUUAACUACGGUGCUUACUAGAAUAGAAAAGCAACAAGAUUUCUGUGUUGAUCAAGACACAGAAACCGAAUACAGAAUUUAGUUGGCUACUCAACCUUGUGGUGAUAAGAACUUGAAUUUAAUUCAUAGCGAUUUAAAAAGGGAGACUUUUGAGACAUGCUUGACGACAAUCCCUUUAGAAAACACAUAUAUUUGUAGCUUAUAAUGGGUUUCAGGCCAGUAUUGUACCCUUUGAAAGAUCAAAUGUGGUAACUCAUAAAAUUGAGUGAAAUUGGGUAUUUUAGACUGAUAUUUCUCGUGACAGAUGGGUAUUUUCAGAAAAUAGUGUGAAAAAUUAUGUCAAAAUCAAAUAUCUUGCAACCAUUUUUCUUGAUUCCAGUGUUGUAGUUAAUGUGUUUUGCUUAAAUCACUGAACAUUGCUCAGCAAAAUAUGGAUUUGAAAAAUGGUAGGGUCAGGGUUAAGUCACAACCUCACUUACUUUAACAGUAUUUUCAUUUUAAACGUAUUUGAAAUUCUGUUUGUAUGAGAUUCUGGAUGAGUUCAUAUUUUCUCAACAGUGGCCAUAAAUGUGACCUUAUUUUAUGACCCCUCUGAAGAGGAACAGGUCAGAUCCACCUAGCAACAUCCACUUAUUGUCUGACAUCAUUUUUUGUGAAUAUCUUGUCAGAGCUGAGGCUAGAAGCGAGUCCUGGAUGGACUGCAUUUGCUGGCUUGAACAUAAUUGGAUAUUGCAAGUGAAUUCCAAUCUAAAGCAGUACUGUACUAGGCAUAAUGAAUGUGAGAGCAAACCCCUUUGCUCUCAGAAUGAGAGAAGUAGCACUUUUUCUCACUGCCAUACCUUAAAUGUUCAUUCUUUUCUCAAGUAACAAUUCACAUUUUAUUUUGAUUUUAAAUGUUGAUUUAUUAUACCCCAGUGUGGAAAAUAAAAAGAGUAUGAAAAAUCAGCUUUAACACCAAUAUUUUCUUUCUGUAUUGUAUUUUUUGUGUAAUUUGUUGAUUAUUUCUUUGAUUCUAUCUAACCUGUUUUGUGUUUUCAGUUAUGUAUAUUUGUACAUAUUUUUCUAUAUUUUUUUUUCCUUUUUUUGUGUGGGUGUUUUACUGUAUUUUGGCUUUUGGUUUUCUUCAUUCUAUCACUAUAUAGCAACUUUCUGAAUAAAUGUCCCAAAAAAUAUAUCAGAUAUGUGAAAUUAAAUAAAAACAUUUGUAUGAAA